UUGCUUCAGCCAUAAUCUGCUCAAGUUUGUGCUCUGAAGCUCCAGGUCUCUGAGUGCGGGUGGAGAUGCCGGGGCAGGGAAGGCGCCAUAGUCGCGGUCCACACAGCACACACGAUAGCAAGAAGCUGAGCGACACUUCCCAUGUGACCCGCGCCAGGGCGGAGACAGGGGCAGUCAAGCCGGGGGCGUCCUCCUGUACUUUUGCUACCUCCCAGCCUCUCUCACGGUGUCCUUUGGCGGCCUUGAGGAGACGCCCCGCGGAGGUUGGUGUGACCUUUGCGGACAUUGCCUUGUACUUCUCCAGGGAAGAAUGGUGCCUGCUUAAUGAAGAUCAGAGAUUCCUGUACUUGGAUGUGAUGCUGGACAAUUUUGAACUAGCAUCCUCACUGGGUUGCUGCUGUGGAGCAGAGGAUGUGGAAACACUGAUUAAACAGACUGUUCCUGUAACAAUGUCACAGGCAAAGAAUCUCAAGGUAGCUCUGUCUUCAGUGAAGAGCCUCCACUUUGAGAGUUGUGAGCCCGUCUUGAGACAUAUUUUCCACUUGAUUGAGCAUCAGAAAGCACAAAACAUCCAGAAACUGUUGAGGUGUGGAGCAUGUGUAAAACCAUUUCAUUACAGUACAAAUAUUUACCAGCACCAGGAGCACCACCUGAGAGAGAAGCCUUUUGUGAGAGGUGUGGACAGGAUGUCACUUGCCAAGAGUUGCAAUUACACUAUGUCCCAGAAGCUUUUUACUGGUUGGGGGCUUGGAUUGGACAUCCCUACCAAGUCAGAACAUCUCCGUCAAGAGGCUACUCCCACGAGGGACAGACUGGAUGAAAUCUCAAUGAUUCGAGUGACUAUUCAACGAAAAAAUUAUUCCACCCUGAAAGAAUGCAAAAAAGCUGUUGACUGCAGUCACAUAUAUGUUCAGAACAAGAGCGUUUCUCAUUGGAGACAGUGUUUUGUGUGCCAUGAUUGUGGAAAAUGUUUUGCUAGAAUUCCUAGUUUUUGUUAUCAGAGAGUUAAGAAUGGGCAAGGGCUGUAUCAGUGCAGCAAAUGUGGGAAAUCUUUCAUACAAAAGGGUGAAUUUCAUUCUCAUCAGAGAGUUCAUGAUGGAGAAAAGCCUUAUGAGUGCAGUGAAUGUGGCAAAUCUUUUAAAGCAAAAUCGAUCCUUCAUCGUCAUCAGGCAGUUCACACUGGAGAAAGGCCCUAUCAGUGCAGAAUAUGUGGGAAAUCUUUUAAAAGUACCUAUAACCUUUAUUGUCAUGAGAGACUUCACACAGGAGAAAGGCCUUAUGAGUGCAAUGAAUGUGAGAAAUCUUUCACCAGUAGCACUCACCUCCAUUAUCAUCAGAGAGUUCACACAGGAGAAAGACCUUAUGAGUGUAGUAAGUGUGGGAAAUCUUUCACCAGUAGCACUAACCUCCAUUAUCAUCAGAGAGUUCACACAGGAGAAAGGCCUUAUGAGUGCAGUGAAUGUAGGAAAUCUUUUUGUAGUAGCACUGGCCUCCGUAUUCAUCAGAGAGUUCACACAGGAGAAAGGCCUUAUGAGUGCAGUGAGUGUGGGAAAUCUUUUUGCAGUAGCACUGGUCUACGUUAUCAUCAGCGAUUCCACACAGGAGAAAGACCUUAUGAAUGCACUCAGUGUGGGAAAUGUUUUAAAAGAGUCCAUCAUCUUCAUUGUCAUCAGAGAGUUCAUACUGGAGAAAGGCCUUAUGAGUGCAGUGAAUGUGGGAAAUCUUUUCGUGGUGUCACUGGCCUCCGUUUUCAUCAAAGAAUUCACACUGGAGAAAGGCCUUAUAGUUGCAGUCAGUGUGGUAAAUCUUUCAUCCAAAAGCAUCAACUUCAUCGUCAUCAGAAACUUCACACGGAAAAGGCCUUAUAAAUGCUGUUAAUGUGGGAAAUAUUUUAGCCAAAAUUAUUCUAUCAUUCCUCCACACAUAAGAGUUCACGUGGGAGGGAGGUCUUAGAAAAUGUAGGAAAUGCACACUUUUGUGCGUGUGUGUGUGUGUGUGUGAACAAUACUGUAGGAAACUCUUUUAAACCUUACGUUUUGGAAUCAAACCUCAUACAGCCAAACAAGAACAGUAGGGAAGUCCCUCAUAAUUUUUCUUUAUAUGGGAGGCCUGUGUGUACAGGUUGCACUUUAUUUACCCAGGUCUCUUUCCAGAUUCAUGUCACUGCAAAUUUCUGUACUGAAGAUACUUCAGCACCUCAAAUGUUCCCAGAGAUACAUGAGUCAUCAUCCUAAUGUGCUCAGAGAAGGCAACUGUUCUCUGAUUUGUGGAAGGAAAUUAGGAGUAGCCUAACUUCCCAGGGCUUUAUUUCUUCCAUUCCUACUAAUUGGCAUAGACCUUGCUCAGUUUUGGCCUAGAGAAAAGCAUCUGAGUUCAGCUGUCAACCUGCAGAAGGAUUGCCUUUUUGGUGACAUGCUUUUUUUACGUACCACUGGUAAUUUUUGAGUGUCCACAAGACACAAAUAUAGGAACUGCCAAGCUAAUCACAUUUUGGUUUGUAAAAUAAGGCCUUUUUCUUAAGUCUUCUUUAAUCUUGGGUGUUCUAUUUAUUGAAUAGGGUAAUUUAUAAAAAGUUUUGGGUCUUAUAAGCAUAGUGAGGUGAACAACUUUCAUGUGUGUCUCAAACUUUCUCUGCCUCUGUGGGGAUAGUUUGGUACAGAAUUUAACUUAGCAGUUUUUUCCAAACUUGCAUUCCUGCUUAUAUCUACCCAGCAAAGAUUGUGUGCUCCCUGGUUCUCAUGAGAAGCUUCAAUGUUGUGAGUUUUAGGAGACACAGAGAUCACUCCAAUUAAGCAGUAGGUCUAACAACCUCAGAUACAUCUUGGAGCAGCAUGCAUUUUUUUUUGUUUGUAAAGUAUGCCAAUUAUUUUGAAGGGAAGCUCUGGCCCAUGUCUUGCAAAGAUCCAUGUACCAUGAAGUGUGCAAUUUCAUGGGUGAUGGUCACUAGUUGUAGCCCCACAGAGGUUAGGGGAGACUGACUACAACAGAAACACUGGCCUAAUAGGUGCUGGAGGGGACUGCAGCCAUUGAGAUGCCAUUGAGUAUGCCUCUUUUGAGUGUGCAACCAGAAACAUUUCUGAGAAAAAGACUGCAGGAUCAGUGUGUACAAAAAUCAAUGGAUAUGGAGGAAUAUUUUUCUUACAUAGUGUCAGUCAUUGUCAUUAAAUAUAAUCAAAAGGUUUUCUGACGGUAAUAACAGCUCAACUUGUUAGAGUGUUAUCUUGAUAUGCCAAUGUUCUGAUUUCAGUGUCUGGUCAGGGCACAUACAAGAAGCAACAAAUGAAUGCAUAUGUAAGAGGAACAACAAAUAGAGAUUUCUCUCUCUUUCCCUCUCCCUCUCCUCCUUCUCUCUUUCUAAAGUAAAAUAUUUCAUGUCAAAGCCACUGGUGCCCUUGUAGAAAGAAAAAUAAAGUGUAUUUAUAGUUUAGGGAUGUUGCUAUUUUGACCCAGCCAGCAGUCUCAGUAUUUAUCAUUGGCUAUAUUUGCUGUUACUGAGGCAGUCUCACUUAGAGCAUAUGAGAAUAUAUUUUGAAUAUAGAAUUUCUAAACCUAUUUUUAAAAAUAUUUGGACAUACAAAAUUUUUACUGUAGUCUUGUACCAUUUUUAAAAGCUUUAAUUAGUAAAUAUUACAUUUCAAGGAUAAUACUUGAUCAGUGUUCACUUAUGCAUAAUAUUAAGACCAUCACCAUUUUCAUAAUACUGUCUGUCAUUGUUACUGGGAAUUUAUUUCAUGGACAUUUUAAUCUCUCUCAUCCCUUCACAGUUUUGUAAGUAAACAUUGAUCUACAUUCCAUUGUAAUAACUGAGAAUAACAAUACUCUUCCUCUUUCAUUUCCAUUGCAUAUGUGUUUGGAGAUUUGUUGAAAUAUUAGUAACUCAUCUGUUUUAGCUAAGAAAUAUUCUUAAUCUUUGAAGUUAGCACUACAAAUUUAUCCAUUCAAAAUGGUAAUUUCUAAUUUUUUACUUUAAAUCUGGUACAAAUAUUUAUGUAUAAUUUUCUUACAUGGACAUAUGUUUGUUUCAUUUACCUUUGUCAAUAACAUAGUGCACAGUUUGAGUUGUAGAGUAGGUGAAUCUUUUAGUACAGAGAUUCUCAGUUUGUGAUCCAGUGUGUGAGAUUCAGCUCCUUUACAUCCUAGUAAAUAUUUGGUUGGUAAGUCAUUUUUUAUAUAAACUUAAAAAAAAACUUUCUAGAGCUACCUCAUUGUUUGAUUGCAUUUUUCUAAGGAUUUAUGGUGAGCCUGGCCUCAGAUGUGUAUUUGCUGUCUGUAUCUUUGUUACAUGUCUGAUCCUACAUUCAGCCUACUCUGAUAGGAGU